AAAGCAAUUGAACAAAUAAACCAAUUGUAUACAACUUGUGAAAAAACAAUUGAACGUCUUCGUCGUGCUGUAACAUUACGAGAACUGCGACGAAUAAAUACAACUGGAUAUAUUACUUCAUAA